AUGUCGUAUAUCCAGCGAAAGGUGUGGCUCGUCUUGCUCUCCAUUCUCAGCAAUGCUGACCUUCGACGUGCAGUGGUGAGAACGCCAGCAGAGGCGGGAGAAACUUACGAUUACAUUGUCUGUGCCCACAAGGCAAUCAACCAAGAAGCCGCUGCAAAGCAACUGGCUCCGGCAGUCGAUGAGAAGAAAACAUGCAUCGUGAUCAUCCAGAAUGGAGUCGGCAACGAAGACGCGUUUCGAGAAGCAUUUUCCAGGUGCGCCAUCCUGAGCUGUGUGACGUGGGUCGGUGCCAGUCAAGACACUCCAGGCAUUGUGAGCCACUGGAAGUCUGAAGGCACGGAGAUAGGCCUCUUUCCUAACCCCAGCCUUGAUGCUGCUUCCCAAAAGACCAGGCUGGAUGAGUUUACAUCGCUAUUACACGAAGGCAAAACCCCAUUCUCUGUGGAGGAUAAUAUCCAGAUCAAGCGCUGGUCCAAGGUCAUUUGGAAUUGUGCAUGGAACUCCCUCACAACACUCACCAUGCUGGAUACUCAUUCAUGGCUGAAGUCGUCGCCUGAUUCUAUGCCCAUGACGCGGAAGUUGAUGCAGGAGGUCAUCGACGUGGCGAGGGCGUGGGACAUUCCUAUCAAGGACGACUUGAUUGAUGAACUUAUCGAAAAGAUUCUAGCGAUGCAGCCCAUCGGGUCCAGCAUGCAGACUGACUGUAAAAUGGGACGCCCGAUGGAAGUUGAAAUCAUUCUGGGAACUCCAGUCCGAAAGGGCAAAGAGCUCAAUGUCUCGACACCAAUCCUGGAGGUGUUGUAUACCUUGCUGUCGGCUAUCAACACCCGUAUGAAGCCAGUCUAA